AUGUGGUGGUGGGUCACGGCCCUCUCGGGCAGCAUCACUCCCCUCUUCAUCAUCCUCUCGCCCAUCCUCUCCUAUGGUGACCAAGCGCACUCCAUGCACAAGGCCAAGUCCAGCGCCGGCUUCUCUUUGGACAUUCCCUUGAUCAUGCUUGUUGCCUCUUUGCUCAGGAUAUUCUACUAUCCCGGAGCCAAGUAUGACACCGCCCUGCUCAUCCAGUCCCUCAUCAUGGUCGGAGUUCAAAUCGUGCUCCUCAAGGUCGCGCUGGACCACCGCCCUGCUCCGUCCUCCAGGGGAGGUGACUCCGCUGUUCCGUUCGCAAAGGCCCAAGACGAGGAAUACCAGCGCCCAUACAACUUCUGGCAGUGGAAGUCACCCAAGCCAUACUGGCAAUUCGUCCUCUACUUCUUCGCCGGCCUCGUCGUCUGCCAGAUCCUUUUCUCGCCCUUCGAGUCCCUCUACAUGUCCUACUCCUCGCUCAUCGGCUACAUCGGACUCUCCAUCGAAGCGACCCUUCCCAUCCCCCAGAUCCUCGUCAACCACAAGUCUCGCUCGUGCAAGGGUUUCCGCGUGUCGGUCUUGGCCAUGUGGCUGGCCGGUGACGCCAUGAAGAUGUUCUGGUUCUUCACCUCGGCUGGCGAGAUCCCCUGGUCCUUCAAGGGCUGCGGCAUCUUCCAGGCCUGCUGCGACUCCUACCUUGGCGUCCAGUAUCUGAUGUACGGAAGCGGCGAGGGUGUCUCGGGGGCUAUUAAGGAUCACCCGCUCGACGAUUACCCCGUGCCUGGGAGCCAUAGCGUGGUUACUGGCCGUGAGGGUGUUGCGGCGAGGCGGACGUCGAACGCGGCUGAUAAGAGGAUAAUAUAG